AUGCUGCGGAGAAUUUUAGCCGCAUAUUUGGUCGUAGUUGCGGUAUGCAAAAACACAGUAGACCCGAAAGUGUCGGCGGAGAAAUUAAAACGUGUUGAAGGAACAAAUUCGUAUGAACUCGAUGUAAAAGACGACGACAUGAUGGUGAUGUAUCAGAAAUGGAUGGACACUGGAAUGAGUUCGUUACUAAGCGCCAUCGCUAAUAAGAAGUAGGUCAACGAUGAUCUUGAAAUGUGAUUUUAGACUAAAGAAACAUCGAAAAUCAACCUCCGAUAAAUUUGGAGAGUGCUCCUCAAAAGCAGAUGACGUCAUAAAGCAGGCAAAAUGUUUGAAGAAACUUUUGAAACACAAAUUUGACACGCCAAAGCCCAAAAAAAUCAACCGCUUUGAUCGGUAUCGACCCCAUAAAAUUGGUGAAGAGAUGGAAGAAAGCGGUUUCACACAACAAUUGGAUGAUAAUACAGUCAGAAAAAAACGAGACGUCAAAUCAGCAAGUGGAUACAAGAUAAAGAAGAAUAAGGUCGUGAUGACACCGAUGAUGCAGGUAAGAAGAAAGAUCUGUCUGAAUAACAAUGCUUUCAGAUAGCAGAAAGCAUCUACGAUUCAAUAAAACGCUCGUCGAACAAAACAGAACUCCCCAAAUGGCAAGACACGAUAGAAAACAUCAGAAACAACGGCCAAGCUUUGAAGAAAAAGAAGAAAGAACUUGAAGAUAAAAGUGAUGAAAGUCUGGACGCUCUGGGCUUGCAAGGAGUCAAGCAUCACCUCAACAACGAGGACAUAGACUUUGACGGAGAUUUGGAAGACAUUCAGAAAGAUCCGAUCAAGUUUAAGAAAUUGAUGGCCGACAUAAAGAAAAAGAAAGGAAAUACACCAGAGUCAAAGGCCAUGGAUAUUGUGAGGAGCGCCAUGGAGCUGGGCUACAAGCUGGCUGGAAAGGACACAUCGAAAUUUUACAACAGCUCAAUGAAAAUUGCCUCACCUAAGUUUUUCGAGCUAUUUCCGGAAAAGGACAAUGAUACGGUAAGCCGACGACUAAUAAAACAGCGCUGCAAAAACGGAAUGCAGUGCAGUGGGCAAAAACAUUACAAAGGAGUUCUGGGUUAUCGUCUUCGUAAAACGUUUGUAUCUUAUUGGCUCUUUUGGACAUUCAUCUAAAACCGGACCUUCCUUUGCGAACGGGGAAACUCUCUUUGUCGGAAAUAAAAUGGGUUAAUUUUCGAGCAAGAGAGAGAGCACUUUUCUCUGUCGAUAUGAGGCUCACCUAAUAACUUUUAGGUCAGCCUGAUAUCGCCUUCCUUGUUCGCUCUUCAUGAAAGCGAUGAUCCAAUCGAGAAUCUGACGAGUAUUCCCAAUAUUAUGAAAGCAUUUGGCCUUCAAGAACAGCAAAUUUUCCUUGAUAUCAUUAUGGAAGCGGCUGGUGUCAACGAAAAAUCGGAAGACAUUAAAAAGGUAAUUCUGGGAAACUCCAGAUCAGUAACUUAGAAAUCAACCGAUUAUAGCAGCUGAAAGAAACAAGUAAAAAUCAAACCGAGCAAAUGUAUGAUGCGAUGAAGAAUAUGGUGGAUGAAAACAACGUCCCAUUGUAUCCGACGGAACAAAAUGCUACUGCAAUGGGACAAUCGCCGGAGAUGUUCGAGUUCUGGCAGAAACUACGCGAUUCCUACACUAAAGAUCAACUAAGGGAGCUGAAUCAUACCGGCUACGCUGUGCUGAGCAAACAGCAGAUUACUGCACUCUAUGGGCCGCAAUCUCAUUUGUACAACGAGACCAAAUACAAUCUGCUGAUGAGCAUGACUGAAGAGGAGGUUCACGAGGAAAUGGAGAAGCAAAUAGAAAUGAUGGCCGAGAUGGAGAGCUUCAAACUCCGUAAAAAGGAUAUCGUUUUAGCACCAACACUGUUCACAUGGGUGGUACUGAACGCCCCGUUGGCAUCUCAGCCCUUCAUUCUGUCCCCGCUGCUGUUCGACCCGAUUAUCCUAUCGCCCUCAAUCUGGGGCGCUAUAAUUUUGACGCCUUGGGUGUUCGUCCCCUUCGUCUUGUCCCCUCGUGUUUUGGGUUGCAUCAUUCUGUCCCCAUGGUUAUUCUCUCCUCUCAUCUUGACACCUAUCGCACUCCAUCCGGCUAUCCUUUCCCCCGGCGUGUUCAAUCCCCUAAUCCUAUCGCCGCUAGUGAUGGUCCCUUUCAUUUUGUCGCCUCAAGUUUUUACCCCAAUCAUCCUGGCGCCCCUUUGCAUGGACCCGAUUAUCUUGAAUCCAUUGGUCGGAUCCCCGUUAAUUUUGUCUCCUUUUGUCCUAACACCAACUAUAUUAUCACCUCACGUCCUCGGGGGUCUCAUUCUCAGCCCAUACGCGCUCUCGCCGGUUAUCCUAUCGCCUUUAGUGGCGUUUGUGGCCUUCCUAUCUCCCAGCUGGCUAAGUUAG